UACGAUGACCUUGGCAGACUAUAGAUUUCAUUGUGGCAGUUGCAAGUCGCUAGCUGAGCGGCGCGGCGCGGCGCGCCCGGACAGCUGAUCGAACCACAAAGUGAGGUUAUGUUGACAAGCGUCACGCCGAUAGUGGAGCUCGCGGCGCACAAAGACAGCUGACAUGGAACAGCUGUGCGCACUGUUAUCAUGCUGAUAAGUGAACGACAGUCCGCGUGGCGCGUCUGUGAAGUUCAGUCUGUCCCGGGAGAAUUGGCAUUACGUUACUUGACAAUUUGUCUGCUGUGGUGGUGUUCAGUUCAGCAUUACUCUUCAUUCCACCUCGGACAUAAUUUUCUGUGAGUACAGUGCCUGGUCGGUGAGCUGACUUCAGUUAGGGUAGACAGCCGGCAGUCUGUAUGGCAGUGCCGCCAUGGUGAAGACGUUCCAGGCGUACUUGCCCCACUGCCACAGAACGUACUCGUGCAUCCACUGCCGGGCUCACCUCGCUAACCACGACGAGCUCAUAUCCAAGUCCUUCCAGGGUAGUCAGGGCAGGGCUUAUCUUUUCAACAGUGUGGUGAACGUGGGAUGUGGCCCUGCCGAGGAGAGGGUUCUGCUCACUGGUCUCCAUGCUGUCGCUGAUAUAUACUGUGAAUGCUGCAAGACGACGCUCGGCUGGAAAUAUGAACAUGCGUUCGAGUCCAGCCAAAAAUACAAGGAGGGGAAGUAUAUCAUCGAACUGGCACACAUGAUAAAGGAAAAUGGCUGGGACAACUAGCGGUGGGCGGCGCGCAGCGAACCGCGCACAGCCGCCACAUGCCCACCCUCGCCAGCAUCCCCGCCCACACCCCCUCCACCACCCGUGACUGGUCAUGCGAGGAAGUGCUUGUGUUUCUACUGACGUCCGCACCGUUGUAGUCCUCGAUCUCGAUCGCAUCAGGUUUUCCACUUUAAGCUUUAAAUGUCGAUUUUUCAGUGUACGCUCGGGUAUUUGGUUCAGUUGACGUUAGUACAAUGAGCUGGCAAAUCAAAAAGAAUGUGAUGUCAUGGAUGGUAUUGAAUGGUGUCGUUGAAUUGUGUCUCUAAUUGAUUACUGUUUGUAAAUUUCUAUGUUAAAAUUUAUAUUUUGUAAUCUAUAUUAUGACGUUUGUAUUUAAAAUAAGGGGUUUAUGUACUUCUGUUCUGUUUAACAUUUUCUGUUUCAAAAUAUUUUUUGUUUGGUCAGAUUUGAUGUGAUUAAGUUAUUAAUUAUGGACUAGAAGAAAAAUACUAUUUUGCCUAUCAUAACUUUAAGCCCAGCCAAAUUUUGGGUAAAAAAGAACUGCGUUUAUGGAAUGACAUAAUAAAUGUAAAUGUAUACCUUGGUAUGGACUCUAUUAUUUAAAUUAAGAUUCUAAAAAUUGUGUUGACCAAAGUAACAAAUAACAAUACCCAGUUCAUAUGGUAUAAAAGAAUGUAAUGAAGAUGUAAAUUACCUGGGCUCACUACAGAAUACACUGUUUGAAGUUUUCCAUAUUUUUGUAGAACACACAUGGUGACAUUGAUAACGUCCAAAAAUUUGAGGACCAAAGCCUCUAAAACCCUUUGGACCUACAAAAAUAAAUUCUUUUUCAACAAGCUGAAGCUAAAUGACAAUUUUUUAAGAACUAUUUCUGGUAAAAAAACUGUAGUGGAAUUAAAACAUUUGUAUUGAUUUCUUUUAAAGAAACUUAGAAGUCAGUUUAAACAAAACCAUCAUGAAUACUGCAAUAAAAAAAAAUACAUUUGCCCUUUAAUGCAAAUUACUUAUAUAUACUUAGUCAUAUUUGAUCUUAUUUCUGGAUCAACAAAUCCUAUUUAUUCGGAAGGACUUUUAUAGUACAUUUUGGUAAUCGGAGUACCUUAAGGCUCCACUUUGGUGUGUUUAUGCAAAAGAAGGUUUCUGUCAAAUUUGAAAAAAAAAACAGCUCAAAAAUAGUCUGUAAAACACACAUACAUGUACACAUUUCAGAUUUUUAUAAACAACACAAUACAUAUAGCCUACUAUAGAGGCCAGGGUCAAUAUAAAUUUCAUCCUUCUGACCAUGUGAGGACAACUUAAACAGCUCAGUUUUCGUAAUGAGAAUUUGUUAACAGACCAGAUUAUAAAUAAUAUUGAAUAAGAGGUUAAAAAAGAAAUAACAAAUUUUUGUCAAGUAAUAAUAUACAAACAUAUUUUUAUUUAAGACUACAAUCUAAUGUUUUGAUCUUUAAUUGCUUAAAUGCUAAACUGAGUUUAUACAUACAAGUCUCAAAUAAUUACAAAUUAUGAAAAAAGUAAAAACCAAUAAUAUGCUAUACAAAAUAUUCCACAGCUCUGUAAAACAAUUGACGCACUUAUACCCACAUCAGCAAGUAAAUCUGAACAAACUAUUUUUGAUAUAGAAAUUACUCUAAGACUGGUUCAUACUAGUCUUUUACUAAAUUUUAAAAACUUACUUUUUCAUUUGUAUUAAUAGUAUCUGAUUGUUUAUGUUGUCUUUGUGUUGUAUAUAAUUUUAAUAUGAUAUUGUACCAUUGUAUUACUCAUAAUACUAUAUAGACUACAAAUAAGAGUAAAUGCUAAUAUCCAUACGUAUAAUAUCCAUAAACAUUCAGUGUAACAAAUAAAAUUACUAGUGACACAUUAUUUUUAGAGUUUGACUCUUAAGAUAAUAAAUGUGAUUUUGUUAAGGAACAUGUAGUCAGGUUCUUGCCAUGUUUUAAAUUUUGAAAUAAGAAAGUUUAAUAUCAUAUUUUUACUGAGGAUUUAAUAUUUUUAUACUUUCAAACUGUACGGUAACUAAAAUAAUAAAAGGUAUAUAACUUACUAAAGUGUAGUCAUCUGACUGAAUUAGUUUUAAGGAAUUUCAGUAAGGACUAAACAAUUCUUGAUUUCAGUUAUUCAUGUAGAUUUGAUUUAAAAUUGUAAUAACAGCUAUAAGUAUUUUUAUUUUAAUAUGAAUAUGUAAUUAUUGUUUAAAUGUUAUAUUGUUGAAUGCUGAUAGAAAUUUCAUAUUGACACUACAUUUAUAUCUAGUGUUUAAUUUGUUUUGCUAUUUUCUACUGAAGUACUUCUACGAUAUUAUUGCUUUUCAAAUUAUUAAAUUGACUUCCUUAUCAAAGUAGUUAAUAGGUGAGAUGAUGAAUUAUUGUAAUUGAUAAAAGAGCACAUAGACACGCAAUGAUGAAUUUCCUCUACAAUUAAGUAUGUUGCUAGAUGUAGUUUCUUAGAUGACAUUAUUAUUAUUUGUAUUUUGUAAUGAUCAAUAAUCAGUAAUCCACUUAUAACUGCAACAAUUCUUUAUUUUGUAUAUGUUCACACCCUACAAAGGAAAUGAUUAUUGUAAAAGUAGCUUUCCGUUUCAUACAUAGCCUAACUUUACAUGUUUAAUGGAUUUAUUCGUUAUGUUACUUAUAAAUUUAAAGAUUCGGAUUAAAUCAAAUUUGACAAUAUGAGUUGCAAAUAAUCUAAAUGACAUUCUCAAAAGUUGUAUAGUUGAUAAGAUUGUUUUUACCUUACUUUCCAAGCUUAGCGAUAAGAUAGUGUAUGUGUAAAACAUAAAUGUUUAAAAGGACUAAUUGUUUUGUUACUGUGUAACUAAACUUAAGGGGACUUUGACCAGUCACGUAGAUGUCAGUGCGGUCGAGAACACACCCUCGGUCGAGAACAUGUCCUCGAUACGAGAACCGAGAACUUAUAUUUCUGUGGACUUGUGAUAUCACCUGAUCUCAUGCUGGUGUCGGCAUUGCGAUAAGCGUUAUCUACAAUAUAGUUGAUGUGUAUUACUACUGUAGUUCUUUUCCAUUUGUGGUUUUCAUUUUUUGUAAAAAAGGCCUAACUGCAAAAAACACAAAAAAACUGAUGGUUCAUUAUUUCUUCAGAGAUUCAUAUAGCUAUACGUGUUAUCUAUAUAUUAGUUAAAUAUAUGUAAUAAAAGUGUAAAAAUAAGAAAAUCUCAAAAUUUAAAUCAUUAUCGGUAGUGUGUUGUACAUAGUUAGAUUGUUCAUCUGGUAAUGUAUAUUUUUGUAUGAAAGAUCCGUUUUUGUGCUAACAAGGAAGUACAGUUGGCCGACGAAUUGGAGUCUGACAGCCUGUACUUAUAGAUGAUAAUUUUUUUACCUAAUUUAGUUUUUAUACUUUCUUCUGCUAUACAUACAUCGUUGUUAGUUUGAUUUCGGCAAAUCCAUUCUAGUCUGAUUUGUAUAUAGGUGAGUUUUAUGCACGACAAAAGCUGUACGCUUUUGCAUUUCUCUUUGUUUUGAUGUAAUCUUUUUGUUUUUUAACGAAUAAAAAUAUUUAAAGAGCAUUAAAAAUAGUUGUACGAAUGUCAGUAUUUUUGUAACAAACUAAAAAAUAAAAAUCUGUGCGAGGGUCAAGCCACCGUAUCCGGACAUCGGUGAUACUUGUCAGAAUGUUUCCCGACAAUCUUGGUGUUCGGUCGGAAGUGACGUGAAUGUGUGCGUGUGGUCGAUGGUGCCUGAAAAGUUGUUUGGUGGACCAAAUUCUGUAUGAUUGUACAAAAUUAUUUUCACUUAUUCUAGAUCACUCAGUGGUUAAGCUUUGUAUUAAAAUCGUAACUACAAAAUAACAAAAAGAACCGAUCCACUCACAGCCACCUAGAUACUUGGUCUGAAGCGUAUCUGUGCUUAGAACCCAAGCUAAGCUUGCUAGAGAUUAUACUUUGUGGUCAAGCUAA